AAAAUCAAUUUUAGUCAUUAGUAAUAUUUUAUUACGAGAGUGCGCACGCCGGUUUCUGGGAGAAUGCGGAGAAUAGGCAAAAGUGUGCGAGAAAGAGAGGCGGCGAGGAGCUAGGUGGCUGACUAGUGCGCUGCUGCUGGUGCUGCUAUGGCAACACACACCACACAUCUUCUUCGAAUUGAAUAUUUUGGCACUUUUCGGGUUGCUGUGAUCGUCGAUAGGCGUGCAAGUAACGAAAAUAGUUGGAAUUCAUUGCUCGGCCGGAGUACACCGCAAUCGCAGGCAGCCUCUCGUCUCGCCAAUAGAGCGCGCCAACAAAGAUCGGAUUUUUCGGGUUUUGUCGAUUGUAGUACCUACAGGCACAUUGUCGACUCGGAUUAGGUGGUGCGAUCGCGCGUGCUUCUCAUCUCUGUACUUGCGGAGAUUCGGAGUUAUUUUUUUUUUGGGUCGGGAUCUGUAUGUGCACACAUAAUACACAGAUUUGUUGGUGACUGAUGACUGGUUUUGUGUAUUGUUACCUCUGCUAGCCGAAGCGGCUUGUCUCGUUAGUUCUUUUUACUGAUGUUGGUACCUUCUUUUUUGGCACUUCAAUUGAAUUCGAACGAAUGUACUUGUUGUGAGCGGAGCAAGUUACGAUCGAUCGGUUCGCGGGUGCGCUAGUCAGUCGAAGAGAGAUGCUGCGUGUAGAAUUAUCGCGCGCCUUUUGAGUUUAAGUGGUGAUUCUUAAGAUAAAUAGCCGAAGAGUGUAUGUUUGGCGAAUGUGCUGAAGUUUGAUGAAGACACGGCUUGCCAAAAAAUCACAGUGAGAGCUCACGUGCUGAGCUGCGUUAGUUGCCGGUCCUAAUCGUACCAGUCAUCAUCCAAGUGCUUCAGAAGACUAGUCCAACGGUGGAAGAGAAGAGAUCGUACCCGGAUUAGGUAUUAACACUCGCUCUCGCUGGCCGAGGAAUUUCGAGUACCCGGAGUGUCGAGUGUCAAGGGUCGGAUUAAGUAUCGGAUUAAAGUGAGUGCAAGAAGAAGAACACCAGUGGAAAACAACAAAAGAUUUAAACGCUCGUUCCCGAUAGCAGCGGCGACGGCGACGACGAACCCCUCGGUUCAACGGAUCUCCAGAAGGAGCACGUGUUACUUCUUCCAGACCCAAAGGCCGGAUUUAAAAGUGGAUAAAUAGCGGUCGCCGAAAAAAAGUGAUGUCAUUAAACUAAACACCACCAGGCAACACAAUCGAGAAUCGAGGGCUAUUUUCCACAAAAUGUGAUCCCAAUCGGCUUCCAACUCAAAGAAACACAUAGUCAAUCGAUGAGCAGAUAGCAGAAGCAGUCGGAACCCGAUCGAAGUAAAACUACCAAAGAGCACCAAAUAGCAUCAAUUGAAGCAGAAGAAAACAAACACGAAACGCAGACGCGACGGUAGAAGGAACGGAAGAAAAUAGUAAGCUUUACAACAAACCGAAUUAAUCGGUUCAGGCACGGCAGCGCAGCGCCGCCGUUGAAAGUGAAAUAAGCAAACUGUAGACAGAAAAGCCAUCAAUCUGGAAUCGCAAACGAUCGUCGAUAUGCUGCAAAGCACGCUGGGGUCAGCACAGCGGUUUAAAAAGCGCGAGCGGACGCAAAACUGGGCCUAUGAGGAGAAGCAUUUUUUGCUGGAACUAUGCCGGAAGGAUAUGCACAUUAUCGAGAAUAAGCGGCUGGACAGUGCGCUCACCUCGCUGAAGAACCGAGCGUGGAAGAUCAUCCACCAGCAGUUCGCGAUCGCCUUCGGGACGGACCGGAACUGCAACAGGCUGAAGGAGCAGUGGCGAAGGAUGAAAGCCUGCACACGUGCCGAGAUGCUCGAUUACCAGCAGCGCAUCCAGCGAUACGGCCAAGAGGUGGCGGACCGCAAAAAGCCCAGCCAGUUCACCUUCGAAAUCUGGGAGUUUAUGCAAGAGGCGAAGAAGGUGUGCAAAAACGAACUGAUGGACGACGUGGACUACUCGAAGAUGAAGCUCUCGCUCGAGGAAAACCUACCGCAGGGGGUGUCGAUCAAGGACUCGAUCAGCGAUGAAAAUGACGACGAAAGUUCGUCCGUGUGGGAAAAGAAUUCACAGAACCUCUGUGAGGUUCAGAUCAAAGAGGACUCCAUGGAGGAAGGAGACGACUACGAUAAAAGCCGACCGGCCAAAUUCCCCCGGCUAGGGUCCCUGCCGAGUUCGUCUCCAUAUUCGGCAGAAAACGCACAUACCAAAUUCAACGAGCUGUUGGCAAGCAGUUUCGCCAGUCGACUGAACGAACAUCUGGCCAACAACAACAAUAACAACAAAAUCGAAGUCGAUAGCUACAGUAGAACUUUCGGUAACGAUUCAAAUGUAUCCGAUGUACCUGUCAACAUGUCUCAGACCGAUCUGAGCAAUACGCUGGAAGCGCUGAACAUCCUGAAGAGCCGAUUCAACCGACUCAACGAGCUCGGCCAGUGGAAGAACGCCUUCCACGAGGCGCAGAAUCUCAGCACCAACUCCAACAACAGUCACAACGAGCAUCAUCCGCAUCAGUCACCACAUCCGUCGCAUCAGCCUCUUCCUCUACCGGCCCCAGUGCAGAGGGAACUCCAGCAACCCAGUUCCCCAAUUCCGGCCAGUGCGAGCGCCACCAGCAGCCACAGUCAGCAAAAUGCAACGACCAGCAAAGUGGCCGAACAGCACCAACAGACCGAGCAUGAAUUACGGAUGGAGAUAUUAAAAACCGAUCUCGAGACAGCCAAAAUCAAUAAAGAAACCGCUGAAAUCAACCGACAAAUUGCACUCCAAAAGUUAAACAGUCUGAACAGUUGAAAUAAUAAUCACGUCUUAGCCAGAGUCGAAGCGCGCGCACCAGAUGCAGUACUUAGUGCUAAUAGUAGACAUAAUACAAUAAUUUGAACCCGAUCCAAGCAACCUACUACAGGGGCAGGACCGGCGAGCGCGCCAAGUUGAUCAAAGCAGCCUAAUCUUGCGACGAAGUAGAUAUAGAGAGAGAGUGAGAGUGCGUGAAUGAGAAGUAGACAAAGAAGAUGCUGUGCAAACUUGAUUGUAGCUACCUCAGCAGAGGGCGGUCUGAGCCACUAGCCACUGCAAAUUGCGCGAAGUGCUUAAACUGAAACUAGGCGCUUCGCACCUUGUCCAUGCCUUUCUGUUAUUAUUAUUAUUAUUUUUGGCUUUUUCCUUUGGAGUUUUAGUCUUUUAUUUUUUUUCGUUCGAGAAGAAAAAGGUAUAAUUAUACCCACUCUUCGUUUUUUGUAGAACAAAUUAAUUAAAACCAAAUCACCCGUCCAAAAACAGCGACUACGGGAUAAGGUGUAGAAGAAAGAAAGUGCUGCAUUGUUUCAAUGAAAGCACACCCAGCACUCAACUGCACACAGCACAUACACAUACCCACACUUGUAAUAUUUAAUUUAAUGUAUCUCACAUCGAAGUAAUAAUAAAUAUGAACUUAUAUAAAGGUAUAACUGAAUAAAAACAAAUCUAUGUAACUGUAAUGUA